AUGGUGGCACGCAUCCCAUACCCCGCCACGAUUCCGAAGAAAUUCGCCGUCGCUAGCGAGGUCGCUACUAUGGCAUUACUCCGUUCCUCUGGGCUGCCUAUACCUGAGGUAUACGGAUACUCGGCGUCGACGGACAACGCGGCAGAGACCGAGUAUAUCUUUAUGCAAUUCGUGCAAGGUACGAGCUUGAGCGACAUAUGGUUUGACCUAGGGGAAAGGGACAUUAUUUCAAUCUCGCGUCAAGUCGCUGAGCUCGAGUCGAAGAUGAUGUCGAUUGCUUUCCCGGCAGGUGGAAGUUUAUACUAUUCAAAAGACUUGGAGAAGAUGACCGGGAACCUGGGCAUCCCGUUGGAGGACGAGCGUUUCUCCGUUGGUCCAGAUACAAGGCUGCCUCUGUGGUAUGGUAGGAGAGCUCGGCUCGACGUAGAUCGAGGACCGUACCAAAGUACCGAAGCAGCGCUGAUAAGAGGAUCCGACAAGGAACUGGCUUAUCUGAAACAGUUCGGUCGACCACUGUUGCCGUUCCAGCGCGCAAGGAGGGAAGGUUACCAGUACAAGGAGCAGCCGCCGUCGGAUCAUAUCGAGAACCUGGAACGCUACCUCCUCAUCGCGCCGUCACUCAUCCCUAGGAACCCGGCCCUCUGUCAUUUCCGCCUCCGCCACCCCGACCUGCAGCCCAGCAACAUCAUCGUUUCCAGGUCGCCCGACUCUAACUUGCACGUCGUCGGCCUGAUCGACUGGCAACACACCUCGAUCCUACCCCUAUUUCUCCUUGCCGGUAUACCCCAACAGCUACAGAACAACCAUGAUAUUGGCCCGCAAUGUAUGACGCGGCCUUCGCCACCGGAGAAUUUGGACAAAUUGGGCAUAACACAGCAAAGCGGAGAGCUGGAACUCUACCGUUGCCGCCUCGUCCACUACCACUACGUCAAAAACACGGAGAAGUACAACGAGCUUCAUUACGCGGCAUUGGCGGACCCCAUAGGCCUGUUCCGCCGCCGCCUUUUCCGCCACGCCAGUGCCCCGUGGGAGGGCGAAACACUCUCGCUGAAGGUUGGGCUGAUAGACGCAGCGGAAAACUGGGAGACGCUCACGGGGGGAGACGCGCCGUGUCCUGUUGUGUUCGACCCCGAUGACGUACGCGGGACGAGGGAGCUGGAUGAAGAGCAGAGAGAAGCAGACGCGUCUAUGGAGGCGUGCCGGGACGUGAUCGGCCACGGGCCGGAGGGCUGGGUGCCCGUCGAGUACUACGAGGAGGCGAUGGCACGCAGCAGGAAGCUGAAGGAGGAUGGAUUGGCGGCGGCCGAGUCGGAGGCGGAACGGGCUCAGGUCGAGGCGCACUGGCCUUUCGACGACACGGACGAAGAGGAAUACAUGUAA